CAAUGGCGAGCACGGCAGCAGCCCCGGCAGUGGACGCGCAGGCGAUGAACGGCGCCGCGACGCCGGCGGAGGCGUCCGCCGUGGCCGGCAAGCGCGGCGCGCCGCCGCCCCACCUGCGCUCCGUGUCCUGGUCGGAGCCCGGCGAGGGCGACGACGACCUCGAGGUGCCGGGCACCCCGCGCACGCCGCGCACCUCCACCACGCCAGGUCACGAGCACUGCACAUUCCACCACGACCUGGAGCUGGACCACCGGCCGCCGACGCGCGAGGCGCUGCUGCCCGAGAUGACGCGGGCCUACCGCUUGCUGCUGUCGUCCCUGGGCGAGAACCCGGACCGCCAGGGCCUGCUCAAGACGCCCGAGCGCGCCGCCAAGGCCAUGCUCUUCUUCACUAAGGGCUACGACCAGUCGCUGGAAGAGGUCCUAAAUAAUGCAGUGUUUGAUGAAGAUCAUGAUGAAAUGGUUGUAGUGAAGGAUAUAGAGAUGUUCUCAAUGUGUGAACAUCAUUUGGUGCCAUUCUAUGGCAAAGUGUCCAUUGGUUAUCUUCCCACAAAGAAAAUUCUUGGACUUAGCAAACUUGCUAGAAUAGUAGAGAUCUUCAGCCGUAGACUACAAGUUCAGGAGAGACUGACCAAACAGAUUGCUGUUGCUGUGACAAAGGCUGUGCAGCCUGCAGGUGUGGCAGUAGUUGUUGAAGGAGUACACAUGUGCAUGGUGAUGAGAGGGGUGCAAAAGAUUAACAGUAAGACAGUUACUUCAACAAUGCUUGGAGUCUUCAGAGAUGAUCCAAAAACCAGGGAAGAAUUUCUCAACUUGGUGCAUUCGAAGUAAAAAGAGACAUCAUGCCAUUACAAUGGUGAAAGAUGACUGUCACAAUGAAUAAAUGAGUUGGUUAAGUGAUCAAACACAGCAGAACAAAAAUUAAAGUAUUUAUUGCUUGAAAUAGGAAAAAUUCGCUAUUUACCUGCAGAAACCGCAAAACUUCUAUAAUUUGUCCAAGGAAGAUUGUUUCAAAGAUUAGUACACACACUUUUGUGAUAGUCACCUAUUAAGCAUUGUUCCUGUAAAUGUUGAUACUGUGUUUGUCCCAUUGUUACAGUGUUCAUAGAAUAUCAGUAUUUUUAGUAUGAAACUUGAUAAAUUGUUGUGUGCAUUGUUUGAAAGUAAAUAGUUCUCGUGUGGUUUUUAAAGGCUUCUUAGCCUAUCAGAAGUAUUAGCAUGAUGAAAGUAUGAGAGGACCAAUGGAACUACCUGGAAAUGUACAUGAACGUGGAGUAUAUUUUAAGAGACUUUGUUAAAUGAAAAAUUAUUUAAGACAAUCCCAAGAUUGUUUCAUAAUUUUUAAGAAUCUUGCCAGGUAUUUUAGUUAGUACAUCAUGUUUUGUGCUUCAUAGAAGGUAGCAUGGGAAGGCUAUGUGGUACUUGUGGAACCUUAAUGUUUCUUAAAAAUAUUAAUUUCACUAAGCAAAAACAUCAUAUGAAACAGUUAAAAAAAUUAAGUGAUUAGGCAUUGUACUUUGGUAUCUACAGUUGCUUGUAAUUGUCACAAAAGAGCAAAGAAUUCACAAAAAAUGAGUACUUAAUUUCUUUUAUUGUGAGCAAUCUCGUGCAGCUUUUAAGAAUGAAACUACGUAAAAUUGCAUGUGCUCUGAGGCAAGUGACUGACAAAAUACAACAGUUCAAACAGUACACAUCAUAAAAUGUACAAAGUGUUAUCAGGAACUUGAAGUCUGUUUUCUCCUCGCUACACAGUGGAGGACUCAAACCUAAUCUAAUAGUACAAACAAAAUAAUCCUUUCUAUGUUUUUUUCAUGAGAAUUUCAUUUAUAUGUAACCAUGACCCAUAUCUAUUACAUGAUUCAGAACAAAUAGGUUUUAAAUGCAUAGAACGAGCUCCAAGAAACAUGGGGAAAUACCAAAACUCUCAAGUAUUGGUGGUGGAAUAUGUUUUUUUGUAGUCUGGUUCUUCUCAGACAUCUGAAACACAGGAUUCAUGCUGGAUUGUGAGAAAGUUUUUAGAAAUUACAGAAACUUAAACAACAUUUGGAAUUUGUAGUGUUUGAAUGUUUCAUAAAAAAGGUUGCAGUCCAAAUAGGAAGUCAAAAUGACGAUUUUGGCUUAAACCACAGUAUCCAGACUUAUAAUGGAUACUGAUCACAGAUGCCUACCUCCUAAAAAGUCUUGAUUUCUAUACAAAGUUAGUGAUAAAUUGUCUUUCCAUGACAUGUAAGUUUUUGCCUCAAAUAUAUUUUACAAUAAAAUUUGAAUUCUCAUUGUAUUUUACUCAUAUGGUGAGAGGAUGAUUCAGAGUAUUGUUACACUCCAUCAAAUUUCAUACCCUUUCUGUAAAUAUUUGAGAGUAAAAUAAAAAUGUAUUUAAUUUGUUUUACGUAUGGUACCACAAGUGUUGAGAUUACAUAAGUGGCAUUAUUUAGAAUAAUUGCAGUACAGUUAUUGAGAUAUCUAAAGUUUUUGUGACUAAUGUUACAGAAAUGAGGCAGUUGGCCUAAGUUAAUUGUUUUUACUUCUAUUUUUGUAUUUGAAUUCCUUAUUUUUAUGAUGAUUAGAAUAAAUAACAAAUGUAUUUUAGUAAUUUUUAUUUGUAUUUUGCCAUACAUUUGCAAGAGUUACACUGCAAACGCCAAUGAACUGGACCAAUAUUGUCUUUAGACUUUUGUAUUAAUAU